ACUCUGUUCCCUACCCCCUCCUCUUAGAGCCUACAACUUCUCUUAAUCUCAUUAACACUAUCUAUAGUAAGGCGACUUUGAAAUGAACGGCGCGAAAAAAAAAAGAUAGCUAGGACGCUUCACGAAAUGAGAAUCGAUGGCGGAAACCUUCGGUAUCCUCAUGGGCUUUACUGCCCUUGUAACCCGUGUACUAAGACGAAGACAGCGCCAAGAUCGACUACGAGAUGAUAAUAGCGGCAUCAUUCAACUAUACGGAUCAAAUAGCGCGAGUGUCGACAUCUGCUUCGUGCAUGGGUUGGCUGGAGACCGUAUCCAGACUUGGAAUUGGGUUGACGAUGAUUCCAAAGAAACGCAUUUCUGGCCAGCAGACUUUCUACCCCAGGAUGCUGAAGAGGACCAUCUUAAUGUUCGCAUACUCUCUUAUGGAUACAAGUCCUUUGCCCCAACGCCGGAAUACCUAACCCAGAGGACUCUCUAUCGUCAUUCUCAAUCAUUGUUGUCUGCUCUAGCAAGUGUACGUAAAGACUGUUCCGAUCGACCGCUUAUAUUCGUUGGUCACAGUCUUGGCGGUAUCGUCAUCAAGAGCGCUCUCAUUUUCUCCAGUCAGGAUAAGAACCCUGACCUCCUGGCUCUCUCCCUUUCCACCACUGGAAUCCUAUUCCUAGGAACGCCCCACAAUGAGACAAUGUCAUCUUUGGAUCAGUCAAAAUGGCCAAGAACUCUCGCGAGCAUUGUCGAAUUAACCAAGGUGGGCAAUCCGAGUCUAGUGAAACACCUGGAGAAGCAGAGCCUGAGCUUGCAAAGUCGACUGCAGCCUUUCAAGGCUUUAAGCGACAAUAUCUCCAUCGUCUCUUACUAUGAAGAGAUUCCCAAUUCUAUGUCGAGCAUAGUCGUACCAAAACCUUCCACACGGUUACUGUAUGGCGACAAGGUGGACAUCAUCCACGCGAGUCACAGAAAUAUGUGCAAAUUUAGUAGUCGCGAUAACCCGGAUUACAAAAAAGUCUCUCAUGAAUUGAUGCGCCAGUGUCACGAAUCAAGAAAGAGAUCGCAGGACAACUGGGAGAAGCACAAACGAAACAGAAGAGAAGAAGUCUCGGUGGACUAUAUAGAAAGAGUCCACGGCGCGGAGGCUGAAGAACAAAUGUCCACCAUUGCGGGACCAGAUAACUUUCGUGUCCAUGAUUCCUUCUUACCGCCGCGGAAUAAAAGAUUCGUGGGUCGAGUAAAGGAUCUCGACUUCCUUCGCAAGAUUCUUCUCGAGGAAUACUCACCACCGCAACGUAACACUUGCGCCACCGUCAAUCUCUUUGGGUCUGUUGGGAUAGGAAAGACUGAGAUUGCCCAAGAAUUUGCACACCUAUACCGAGAUCACUUUACUUCCGUCUUCUGGAUCCCUGCUACUAGCCAGCAAUCCAUCGAGCGAGGUCUUGUAAACAUCGCAACUAUUCUUCGCCAACAGAUUCAUGGGCCCAGUUCUACAACAGCCUUUCGAAUCCUAGCUGACUCAUUAGCCGGUGCGGAAUUUGAUGGUAACCAGCUAGAUCAAACGAUCAAGGCGGUAAUGGAGUGGUUCCAGAGCACCGAGAACUCUAGAUGGUUAGUGAUAGUUGACGGCCUCGAACAUGCGGACGAUCAUGAUAUCAUGAAAUUUAUCCCCAGGACGACUUGUUCUCACGGGCACUGCAUAAUCACUUCACGGGAAGCGGUGGAGUGGAACUUUGUUGAGACUCAUCAGGUGCAUCCAUUCAGCCCCGACGAAUCCUUUUCACUCCUGAAGGCAUCCACGGGCCUUUUAGACGCCAAUGAGCAUGAUUUGGACAAAUUGUCCAGAUCUCUCCAACAUCUACCCCUGGCGCUUAGUGCUGCGGCUUCUUAUAUUUCUUCGACAAAGAUAACCAUACAAAAGUAUAUGCAGAGCUUCCGGGCCUCAUCAAAUCCCGGAAAGGUGAAACCGGUCACUUCGUUGGAGGAUGAGCUAAUUCGAGUUGAGAAAUUAUUGCUAAAUACCAUAAAUAAUGUCCCCGAUACCCCGAGGCUUCUGAAGUCUCUGUCUCUCGGGAUAUUCCAGGUUUGCUGCGCUCUCUCGAUGGAGUCGGUUUGCCUAUCGAUAUUCCUCUCUAGUUCGUUCAAAAGGAAAUACCGGGGCAAUACGAUGGCUGCUAUCAGGGAGCUUGAACACAAUUCACUGAUAGCUCUCACCGAGGACAAGAGAUACCUCAUCACCCAGAACACAGUUCUUGAGCAUAGUUGUCGCCUUCUUCCAGAUGACCAACGACAAUCUGCUAACCAAAUUGCUUGCGAAUCCGCGUUAUCUGCUGCCAAAGCGUUACAGCAGCUCGGUGACGAGGAUAAGUCAGUCGAUACCUCUUUCGCCGAAUGUGAUCUGGCGGCAGUGAUAUCCCGCUGUUAUCAGAUAAUCGAAACCAAUAUUCACGCAUCACAUGAAUGGGAGAUUGACCUAGACUUCAUGGGUCGUGUAUGCGAAAGGCAGGGCCGAACUGAAGACGCGAUUAAAUUCUAUAAUAUGCUAGUUAGCCAGAACGGUGGCAAUGUCUCUGUAACCCGAAGAGCAAAAAUGCGGCUCGCUAUAACUCGUCGUGUAUCUGGUGGUGAUGUUCGAGCUGAGUGUGAAGAACUCGUUCAGUCGAAGGACGACAUACUGUCGGAGUCGACAGCAUCGAUACAGGAAGGGCAACCGUUUGGUGAUGAGGUGGACAUCGAAGCCCUGAGGCUGCUGAGGAAAAUGGCACACGACCGAUCUACACCAGAGGAGGAACUAGCAAUCUCGAGGCAGAUCGCGGCAGUACAGGAAUACCGCCUUGGGCACAAGCAUCCGAGCACGCUCGACGCAGUCCAACAACUCGCAAAGGAUCUAGUCGAAGUUGGAUUCUACGACGAAGCAGAGGCUAACAUGAGACGUGUCUUAUUAUCAUACGAGAACAUGGCUAGAGCCAACUACACAAAAACGACGGAGGCCUGCGAGACUCUAGCGUCGAUACGGUUAAAGCAGGGUAAGUAUGACGAUGCCAAAGAGCUCUUCAACCGCGCCCUACACAACCAUCUGGCACGUCUCGGCCGCGAACAUCCCACCACACAGAAGUGUUGGUCACAGUUGGGCCAAGUCUAUGAUAUGCAAAAUCGCUUCGACAUUGCUAGCCUAGUCUAUGACAAGUGUAUCGCUGUCCUCGACACGACACAGGGUACUGACCACCCAGACGUUCUACGAGUUCACAGCUACAAGGCCGAAAACUUGGCCAACCGGAACAUGUACGAUGAGGCGGAAAAGGAACUCAGAACUGUGCUUGAACUUAUGAAGGCCGACAAGAACACCCACCACGAGAGUGAUAGGCGCAGGACCGCCCUACAACUCGUCGAGAUACUUAAGAAGAACCCCGAAGCCGAUGACGCCGCUUGGAUGGCGGCGAAGGUGCAAGAUCUCGAGUUUCAAUAUGAUCUCGAUCUACACCGCCGAAUUGGCUGGAUGUAUUGAUCACGUCCUCCCCCCUGUCACAUAAAGAGAAGGGUUCAUGUGGAUACACAUCCAUCUACUCGGUCUAACUAGUAUUGUAUAUAGGUAAUAUUUCAUGAACAUUCUUCAAAACUCGGAUGGUUACAAUAUCCGAAUACUUGACUACCUAGUAGGUAAGUAUCUACCUCAUCUAAUAGUAAUGGGG